AUGAACCAGAUGGCAAUCCCUGGAGAAUUCGCAGUAGGUUUCCUUUGCUUUAUUACUCGAAAAUGGCGAGAGAGCCAUCAAAAGAAAUUAGAAGAGUAUUAUGAGAAAAAGAACAAUACGGAAUCGAAGAAGGUUUACGAACUGAGCAUAAACUCAAGUGUUACAAGAGGCUACGCGUGUUAUACUUUCUAG